AUGCGCUUGCUGCCGCUGGGCCUGGGCGUGUCUGUGGGCGCUUUGGGCGUGCUGCUGGCCGUGCCUCGGGUGGAAGACCCGAGAUGGGCCCAUUUCAGGGCCCAGGGCCACCUGCGGCGAGUCCGGCGCGCGCGCAAGCGUCUGGCGUUGCUGCUCAAGCAGCACGUGGGAGAAGAGGGUCGAGUGGUCAUCACGGGCGCAGAUCGUGGAAUUGGGAGGGAGCUCGCCUGCUUGCUCUUGAUGAACCGAAGGCUAUCGGUGCUGCUGGGCUGCGUCUAUGAGCCCACGUCGCUGGCCGUGCCACCCGGCUCUCGAGCCAUGCGGCUGGAGCUCUUGGACUUCGACUCGGUGCAGCGCUUCGCGGAGGAGGCUCACAGCUUCCUUGCGGACGGCAAGCCGGGCUUGCGCAUGCUGGUGAACAACGCGGGCUUCAAGGAGGAGUUCAGGACUUGCACCAAGUACGGCACCGGCCGCACCUGGCAGAUCAACUUCCUGGGGCCUUUUCUGCUCACGGAGAUCUUGGCCCGGCGUAGGGAGCGGGACAGCAUCGAGCUGCCCUGCAGCGUGAUCAACGUGGCCAGCGGCCACGAGUCGGAGUCCAACUUGGACCAGGAGCUCCUCGCGGCGCUGAAAGUUGGCUGCGAAGCUACUGGCCACGACUAUGCGGACUCCAAGAGGGCCUUGCUGCUGUGGACCUCUGUCCGCUCGCAGAGUUUGGCGCUGAAGGGACACCUGUAUGUUCACGCGGUCUCGCCCGGCAAAGUGGACACCAGGUUUGGCUGUGACGACAUUCCGACAUGGCGGUGGGCGUUGUCCAAGCCAGCACGGAUGCUUAUGUAUCGGCCAGUGGCUGAGGGCGCCUUAUCCAUCGCGGCCGCUGGGCUUCGUACUCAUGCCAUCAGCAAGUUUGGCCAAUACUUCCGUGGAGAAGAGUUGGUAGAGGAUCUGGUCAUCUGGCGGAUGCCCGAGAAGCGCCUUUCUGUGGAGCUGGUGCGCUGGGCCUCCCAGGUGUCUGCGCUGGAGGCCCGCACUGGGGGCCGGCCGCUGGAUCUUGGCGGUCGCUCCCUCAGCCUGACCGAUCUGCAUGUGGAGAGAGAGGAGGACUUCUGGUCCUCUGCGGAGCGGCGCUUCAGCAACCAGGCGCUGUCCCGACAGCACAGCGCGGACUAUGAUCCCCUGGCCAGCGUGUCCAGCGAGAGCCGUGAGACUUGCCUGGUGGACGGGCCCUUUAUGGUUCUACAGGUGCUGAGCACGUGGGACUUUGAGGUGCUGGGACACCGCUUGAACGAGUCCGACAUCAACGCAUUGGACAUGUACAUGAAGCGAUGCAAGUUAGGGCCCUUUCGGCUUGGUCGUGCACGAGACCUGUGCAACGCUGGCACGAAAGAGGCCACCGAGGAGUGGGAGUCGCUGCGGAGCAAGGCGCGCCGACGCCUGGAGGGCCUGAAGCACAUUCAGAGGGUGCGCAUGGCCAAGAUCGAUGCGGAGGAUGGUGUCGAGCGAGGGCGUUCCCGCACGGCAUCGGAGGCAAGUACUGUGGGCACGUCCAACAGCUGGAGGCAGAUACCAGAGAGGUCCAUUGCAUCCGCUCCAACGCAGCGUCAAGGAUAUGCGAGGAGACGACACCAGCGCUGA